UUUUGCAAUGUCACGCUAAAGAAGUUUGAGAGCAGUUUAUCUACAGAAAACUGGAUUUAUGUGGGCACGUAGAUAUAUGCCGCUGGAUCUGUGAUAUGAACUGACAGCGUGUUCGUAUGUUGUUGUGUUUUUUAAAGGCAGUUCCUUGAUUUAUUUUUCAGCUGCUGUUAUUACUGUAUAGCUAACGUUUACACAGUGAAGCCAGAAGCCUCAUGUUUUCGUUAAGCCAAGAGGAGCACUGCGCCCCGUCUAAAGACCCAGUUAAAUACGGGGAGCUGGUGGUCCUAGGGUAUAAUGGCUCCCUGCCCAAUGGAGAUCGGGGUAGACGGAAAAGCAGAUUUGCGCUAUACAAGAGGACCAAAGCCAAUGGUGUGAAGCCAAGCACUGUGCACAUCCUCAACACACCCCAGGCCAGCAAGGCUGUGAACUGUAAAGGCCAGCACAGCAUCUCGUACACACUAUCCAGGAACCACACGGUAGUGGUGGAGUACAGCCAUGACAAAGACACGGACAUGUUUCAGAUUGGGCGUUCCACUGAGAGUCCCAUAGACUUUGUGGUGACCGACACAAUAGCAGGAGGUCAGGAGGGAGAGGAGACUCCCAUCACACAGAGCACCAUCUCCCGUUUUGCCUGCCGAGUUGUCUGUGAGCGCAACCCGCCCUUCACUGCUCGUAUCUAUGCAGCCGGGUUUGACUCUUCCAAGAACAUAUUCCUCGGGGAAAAAGCUGCAAAAUGGAAGAACCCUGACGGUCACAUGGAUGGCCUGACAACCAAUGGCGUACUGGUAAUGCAUCCUAGGGGCGGGUUCACGGAGGAGUCCAAGCCUGGCGUAUGGAGAGAGAUCUCGGUUUGUGGGGAUGUUUAUACUCUGAGAGAGACCCGCUCAGCACAGACCCCAGGCAAACUGGUGGAGAUUGAGAGUAAUAUACUGCAGGACGGCUCCCUGGUGGAUCUAUGUGGAGCCACUUUGCUGUGGCGCACUGCAGAAGGCCUCUUUCACACUCCCACCCAAAAGCAUCUGGAGGCUCUCAGGCAGGAGAUCAAUGCGGCACGGCCCCAGUGUCCUGUAGGCCUCAACACACUCGCCUUCCCCAGCAUGCAGCGCAGCCGCGCCCUCUCCUCUCUGGAGGACAAGCAACCUUGGGUUUACUUAGCGUGUGGCCAUGUGCACGGCUACCACAACUGGGGCCAUCGUGCAGAGCAGGAGCAUAACGCUCAGCGAGAGUGUCCCAUGUGCCGGGUGGUUGGGCCCUACGUGCCACUCUGGCUGGGCUGUGAACCGGCCUUCUACGUGGACACAGGUGCACCGACGCAUGCCUUUGUUCCAUGUGGACACGUGUGCUCUGAGAAGUCAGUCAAAUACUGGGCGGAGAUCCCUCUGCCCCAUGGCACCCACGCCUUUCACGCCGCCUGUCCCUUCUGUGCCACCCAGCUCAGCCUCACUCAGGGCUGUUCCAAGCUAAUCUUCCAGGGCCCAGUAGACUGAGCUGAAGGGUCCUGCUCUGGCGGAGAGAUUAGACCAGAAUGCCAAUAUGCUGUGAAACUGUUCAGAUUAUUUUGUGCUUUCUUUUGUUCAUGUACGCCAGCUGUGAGAAGGAGUCAGUCUUCUCAAACUCUGGUCAUAUACUUUGGAUUCCACACAACAGAGAGCCAUUACAGAUUGUUGAGGACCUUAGCUGUCUGGAUGGCAACAGUGGGAUACAGAGAUGUGCAGCACACUGGACCACAGAUGCCUGGCUCUUCCAGAAUGAAAUACUGUUUCAGCUGUCCUGCCAACCAACCGCUUUAAACAAGAUUCCAGCGCUGAGCUGUUUUAACCACAAUAGCUGCUGGUUUUCAGAGGGCUGUAAGAUUAAGGUUGUAGAAAGAAUGAAUUGUUUUUACUCUCAUGAAUCAGACUGAACCAGGUAACAAUGAGCAGGUGUAGUUGAGUCUUUUGGGAAGGAAAGAGAGGGGGACGGUUUAUAGUCUAGUUCCUGGUGGAUCUGAGAGUUUUUACAGAGCCAGACAGCUGGACUGUUGGCUGGGAGAAAAGCCAGGAGAAACUUGGCGUCUAAUGCCUAAACUAGUUAAGUGCUCCCCAUUGGCCUUUCGGCCCCUUAACCCCUAAUGACAUCAAGAUCAUCCAGGGGGGGCUUCCAUUUGCUGAACAAAUCUUGAUCGAGGGGGAAAAAUACUUUUUUUUUUGUGUACAGAGAUAUAAUCCAGUGCCUCAAAUCCCAUUCAAUUUUGGGAUUAUUUUUAAUAGAUGAAAGAUAUUUUGUUGAAGGCAAAGGGAGAGAUAGUUUUGCAUACAGAUGUAAGGAAAUGACAACCCACAUGGAUUCGUCUCCACGUUUUUAUCUGACAGAAGACAUAUUUUACUACACUGAGGCCCUUGUACUGUUUUGUAAUGCAAAUGUUAAUAUAUUUUUCUCCUGCAUAAAUAAUGUGUGUGAGAAUGUUUUGAGUGUGGCUGUGCGUGUAUGUGUGAUUGUGUGUUUGUGUGCGUGUGUGUGUGUGUGUGGGUUGGACUGUGUGGGUGCCCUUGGGCUUUUGUUUAAAUCGCCCUGCAUCAUUUCACCCCCCCCCCCCAAUUCCCUAUGCUAAGAUCUCCACCCACCACCCCAAAACACUACCAGAGAGAACACAUUAAUUAAACCAACCUUGCAGGGUUUGACAAUGAAUGUACUGAAAUACAUCAACUCACUGGUGGUGCUUUACCCUUCUAUUAUAACAUUCACUUUCUCAAUGACUGUGCUGUUUUAAAGGUAUAGAUAAGGCCUAUUCGCAGUUAAAGACAAUAUUGGAACUGCACAACCAUUUGCAUCAAUCACACCUGUGUCUCUGUCCCACACACAUGUACUGUAUUCAAUCUGCACUGUUGUUAGCUUUAUCCCAUGCUGGGUCUGAUCCAAUGAUUUGUACGCCGUCAAACCUGGGCACAGUCUCAGCAGCAUCCAGAGAUUAUACCAAAUAUAAGGAGGAGCUGUUUGUCUCUCUACUUGCAAGAUGUAACGACCACUCUCUCCAGCCCAAAGUGUUUCUCUAAACAAUCCCUAAACCCAAACUGCUGCUCUGGUGGAAUGUUGACAGCUCUGGAUUACAGUCAAGGCUGCUCAGUUGCACGCACCAGCUUCAUGGGAAUAAUGAUAUUAUCACACACAAUGCCAAAUUUGGUAAGUUCUAUUGUGUGUGGAUGAGUCAAGUUGGGAAGAAAACUUGCAGAUGAAUCGAAAACUAAAGAAUCUGUGACAAAUCAGUACAUUCUUCUGUUGAUGUUCGCUCAUCAGACUGUGCCCAUAUGUAGCUAGAGUGUAGUCAAAGGCAUUAAUUCUGCCACUAGUUUAUCAAAAAAACUGAGCAUUAAACUUAUGAGAUGUUGAGAGUAAUUUCUAUUAAUAGUAUACAAAUUUUCAUUUUGCAAUUUAGAAGUGUUGCUGAGGGGCUCUAAAAGAAAGAUAUCAUCUCAACAACAAUUGUGUUUCCUUUUUGGUUCCUUCCUAAGAGAAACAUACUUAACAUUCUUAAAAGUAUCAGCAGCAUUACACUCAGCUCACAGGUCAGAGCGUUUCUGAAUCUCUUUAUUUCUUCAGAUUUUAUGUAACAGCACGGGGUCAAGUACUAAACCACAUACCGUACAGUAGCAUUCCUCUCUAACACUUUCAGCUCAAACACUGUGCCCGUUGCUAAAGACCGUGUUCUGUUAACAGCUGCAGAGUAGCUGCCUCAAACAUUCCUCCUUGGUAAACAUGGGUGGGGCCCUCAGUUCACCCAAGGGCUUGUUCUAUGAUUUUGUCUCCAACAGGAACUCUGUACACAAGCCAUAGAACGCACUGAUGAUCCCAAUGCCUCCUUUGCAAAGAAUAAAAUAUUUUUUAAAAAUAA